AUGGAUGAGAUCGCGCCUGAAUAUGAUGUUGUGGUGCUCGGCACUGGUCUGACCGAGUGUGUGUUGUCUGGUGUUCUGAGCGUCAAGGGAAACAAGGUGCUUCACAUUGAUCGCAAUGAUCACUACGGAGGCGAGGCGGCAUCAGUCAACAUUGAAACACUCUUCAAGAAGUACGGCAAUGUCCCCGCCGGCGAGGAACCCUGGAAGAAGUACGGAAGAGUGAACGACUGGAACAUCGAUUUGGUUCCCAAGUUGCUUAUGGCAAAUGGCGAGCUUACGAAUAUUCUGGUCUCUACCGACGUCACGAGAUACCUUGAGUUCAAGCAGAUUGCUGGCAGCUAUGUCCAGCAGGGCAAGGGCUCCAAGGCGACCGUGGCCAAGGUGCCUUCCGAUGCCGGCGAAGCUCUGCGUUCAUCCCUGAUGGGCUUGUUUGAGAAGCGUCGGGCCAAGAAGUUCCUGGAGUGGGUGGGUGACUUCAAUCUUGAGAACCCGGCGACUCACCAAGGCCUUAAGAUCACUAGCUGCACCAUGAAAGAGGUCUAUGACAAAUUCGGGCUCGAGGACAACACUCGCGACUUCGUUGGACAUUCCAUGGCUCUCUGGCCCUCUGACGAGUACGUCAAUAAGCCUGGUGCCGCCGUCGAGACAAUUGACCGCAUUCGUCUUUAUGUCAACUCCAUGGCACGCUACGGCAAGUCACCCUACAUCUAUCCGCUGUACGGCCUGGGCGAACUGCCUCAGGGCUUUGCUCGUUUGUCUGCGAUCUACGGCGGUACAUACAUGCUCAACACCGAUGUCGAUGAGGUCCUCUACGAUGAGAGCGGCAAGGUCUCAGGUAUCAAGGCUACCAUGAAGGAUCGCGACGAGCAAGCUGCGCCCAUGAAGUUCGAGACCAAGACCAAGAAGAUCAUCGCCGAUCCUUCGUACUUCCCCAACAAGGUCAAGGUAACUGGACAUUUGCUCAAGGCUAUCUGCAUCUUGAAGCAUCCCGUCGACAAGACCGACGGCAGCGACUCGCUGCAGUUGAUUAUCCCUCAGUCUCAGAUUGGCCGCAAGCACGACAUUUACAUCGCCGUGGUGUCGUCUGCGCACAAUGUCUGCCCCAAGGGGUACUAUAUCGCCAUUGUCUCGACCAUUGCUGAGAACGACGCCAACCAUCACCUGGAGCUUGAGCCAGGCUUUGAGCGCCUCGGUGCCAUCGAGGAGAAGUUCAUGGGUCCACCCAUUCCCAUCUACGAGCCCUUGGAAACCGGCGAGAAAGAUAACAUUUUCAUUUCGAAGAGUUACGACUCAACAUCUCACUUUGAGACCACCACCAAUGACAUCAGAGACCUCUACCAGCGUGCUGCGGGCGAGGAGCUCAAGGUGGAGGGCCUGCGCGAGGGUCAGCAACUUGCCCAGGAGUAA